AUGUCUGCGAAACCUACUUUGGAGUUCUUCGGAACAACCACUUUCAGACUCAAGUGGAAUGGUUUGACUAUCUUUCAUGACACUUGGCUCAAGAAGCCAGUUGGUUUGCACCGAUAUCUCGAACUUGACGAUGUAACAGAAGUGGACUACAUCGUUAUUUCCCAUGCCCAUUUCGAUCAUCUCCCAGGUGCAGAUCAACUAGCCCUGCGCACUGGUGCAACAGUGAUUGCAAAUUGCGAGGCCAUCAACCGCCUCCGAGAUGCCGGUGUGCCCGAAACACAGUUGAUCCCUGUUAGCGGAGGUGAACGAGUACCUCUGUUUACCAAAGACAUUCUCAACAAAGCCGUUGAAGGAACCAUCGACCAAGCGCCAGCACCACCAGGAGCGCCUCACAGGCCUCAUGUCAAAUAUGCAACAAUGGCAGUCCAUGUCUGGCCAUCGCUGCACUCCCUCAUCCCUGGUGUAACCCCGCAUGGCCUGCCUGAACACUUCGACACUGAUCACCAAUACACUGGCGAAACCACCCCGUAUGAUUGUUCCUUGGACAUUACCCGGCUUAUGCAGUAUGGUCUCUUCAGGAUGAAAGAGAUUGCUACUGACGAUCAAAUGGACGAUGGAACACGCGCCUUUGCAGACUACGUGCAGGACCGUAAAACGCAUGUCAUGUCGCACUGCGAUGGUGGUCAGCUCAUGUACAACUUUGUUGCUGGAGACAAGGCGAUACUGUUCAACACUCACCUUGGUGUUUACGAGGGUAUCGCAAGUUGUGUGACGCCAAAGCCUACCGUCGCUAUCCUUGGCGCUGGUGGGCGAGCAAACCUCAACGGAAGGCCAUUCCAAGGUUCAGCGGCCGAGUUCCUUGUUAAACAAACAAAGUGGCUUGGAGAACCCAACAAUGUCUUCUUCUGCUUGCAUGACGUGAACAUCAUCAAACCUUUCACCGUUGAUAUCACUGGGGCCAAGAGGUUGAUAGAACAGGAAACACCUGGCAAGGCUAUUGAUACUCAGCCUGGGCAGGUAUACACUUUGGAUGUAUAG